AUGGCACCCAAUACUAGCAAAGAGGUCAUCGAUGUAGAUCUUUUGGAUGCGGAAGAAUCAAAAUUGGAAAAAUUGGUGAGUCCACAGGCCGGGCCGUGGAAAUAUGAGAUAAUAUAUGAAAGUUUAGCAACUAUUGUAUAUUUUCACCUUGCGGCUUUGUAUGGACUCUACCUCGCUUUGACUGCUGGUCCAGUAUGGUCUACGAUUAUUUUUCAUUGCGUUAUAUUUUUUAUCUCAAGCUUCGGUAUAUCUGCUGGACUUCAUCGCCUCUGGUCUUACAAUGCAUUUAAGGCGAAACUUCCCUUGCAAAUUAUACUGAUCGUUUGCACUUCUUUAACAUUCCAGUAUAGUGCUUUAAAUUGGGUCAGAGAUCACCGAUUACAUCACAGGUAUACCGAUACAGAUGCAGAUCCACACAAUGCGGCUAGAGGUAUUUUCUUUUCACACCUAGGCUGGUUGCUCGUCAAGAGGCAUCCGGAAGUAAAAAGACGCGGAAUGUUUACUGACAUGAGAGAUGUCAACGCAAAUCCAGUUUUGAGGUGGGCAGUACCCUUUAUUGGUAGUAUAUGUUUUAUAAUACCAACUUUGAUACCUAUGUACUUCUGGAACGAGGGGCUAAACGUGGCGUGGCAUCUUAGUCUUCUCAGAUACGUUGCAUCUCUCCACCAAACACUUCUAGGUAAUAGUUAUGCACAUUUCGCAGGAACAAGGCCAUAUGACAAGCGCAUACUACCCACUGAUAAUAGAUCACUUAAUUAUAUCAUCUUGGGGGAAGGAUUCCAUAACUUUCAUCAUGCAUUCCCCUGGGACUAUAGGUCUGCAGAAUUGGGGACUUUGUUUUUCAAUCCGACAACUUGGUUUAUCGAAUUAUUUGCUAAGAUUGGAUGGGCAUACGAUCUAAAGACUGCGUCAAAAUAUGUAAUAGAGGGCAGAGCUCAGAGAACGGGUGAUGGUACCCGGGUUCAAAAUAAGUCUGAUUUAAACGUUAAUUCCUAA